AUGGAGCGCAGCAGCAGCAGCAGCAACAACAACAACAACAGCAGCAGCACCAGCAGCAGCAGCGACAGCAAUGACAGCAACAGCAGCAACGACAAUGCCAUGGAGGCUUCUCAGUGCGUGAGGGAGGCUGAAGAAGCAGAUGCAGCAGCAGCAGCAGCAGCAGCAGCAGAACAAGCAGCAUCAGCAGCAGAUCAAGCAGCAGAUCAGGCAGCAGAUCGGGCAGCAGCACAAGGAGAUGAUGCAGCAAAGCACAAAGUAGAAGACACUGGGGAAGCAGCAGCAGCUGCUGCUGCUGCACCUGAAGCAGCACCAGAGUCAGCAGCAGACACAAGUGCAGCAGCACAACCCGCUUGCGCAGCACCGCCUCCGGCAGCAGCCACAGCAGCCACAGCAGCAGCAGCAGCAACAGCAGCAGCAGCAGCAGAAACAGCAGCAGCUGCAAAGUCGUUGCAUGCGGCAGCACAGGGGGAGCCUGGUUCAGAUAAAGACGGAGAUAACCCUGCAGCAGCAAGUACUGCUGCAGCUGCUGCUUCACCGUCUGCUGCAGACACAGCAGCAGCUGCUGCUGCUGCAGCAGCAGCAGAAGCAGCGGAAGCGGCAGAAGCAGCAGCAACAGCAGCAGCAGCAGCAGAAGAUAAACCCGUAGACGAGCAGUCGGCAUCAGCAUCAGAAACAGCAGCAGCAACAGCAGCAGCAACGACAACAGCCGCUGCAGGUGCAGCAGCAGAUGCAGCAAAAGAUGCUGCGGCGGCAGCAGCAGCAGCAGCAACGGCAACAGCAGCUGCAGGUGCGGCAGCAGAUGCAGCAAAAGAUGCAGCAGCAGCAGAUGCACCAGCAGCACCCGCAUCAGCAGCUGCAGGUCCAGCAGCAGAUGCAGCAAACGACGCAGCGGCAGCAGAUGCAGCAGCAGCAACAACAACAGCAACAGCAGCUUCAGGUUCAGCAGCAGAUGCAGCGAAAGAUGCGGCGGCAGCAGAUAUAACAGCUGCAGCAGCAGCAGCAAAAAGCGAAUCAGCAGCAGAACAUCCGCAGGCAGCAGCAGACAGCGAGGAAAAUGCGCAGCAGCGGCAGCAGCAGCAGCAGCAGGUGCAGCAACAGCAGCAGGAGCAAGAGCAGCAGCAGCAGCAGCAGGUGCAAGAGGAGCAGCAAGAACAGCCGCACCAGGAGCAGCAACAGCAACAGCAACAGCAGCACGAGCAGCAGCAAGAGCAUCAGCAGCACGGGGAGCAGCAAGAACAGCAGCAGCAAGAGAAGCAGCAGCAGCAGCAGCGGGCUCUCUCAUCUCAAAAGAGUCUCCGACUACAACGCAGCCGUUCGCGAUAUAUGCAAACCCCGCAACAUAUAACACCAAAGCAUUAUGCUGCCAGCAGCAGCAGCAGCAGCAGCAGCAGCAGCAGCAGCAGCAGCAGCAGGAAGGAAGCAGAAGCAGAAGAAGAAGCAAAGACGAAAGACACCGAAGGCGUUGUGGAGUUCAUUCAAUCGGACUCAGAAAACGUACAGAUCGUUAGCGGAGAGGAGGACUCGAAAGAGGAGGCCCCAAGUCCUGCUUCUGAUGCUGAUCCUGCUGCUGUUGCUGCUGCUGCUGAUGCAGUAGCAGCAGCAGCAGCAGCAGAUGCAUCAGCAGCAGCAGCAGCAGAUGCAUCAGCAGCAGCAGCAGAUGCAUCAGCAGCAGCAGCAGCAGCAGACUCGGCAACCGAAGCAGAGACAGCGACAGAACCAGCAGCAGAAACCCCCCCUAUACAAA